GCUGCUGCUGUUGCUGCUACUUUGUACACACACACACAUGCACGCACGCACACACACACACACACACACUGGCCUACACAUCCUCUCCACACUGAAACCUGUUCUCAUACUCAGUCGACUUCUCCUCACACAAAGAAACUCAGUCUCGCUACGUCUCCAUCCCACCAGCAAAAAGUUGUGUUUCCUUGAAGCUGAAAACUGUCCCUCUAUGGACGACGUUCAAAGAUAAAGAGUGCACAUCGAAAUGUGUGUCCUUUGAACAUGGAUCGUUGGAACAGAGCAGGCGGGAUCAAACAAAGAUUCGAUCACCAUGACGACUCAGACGAAGGAGAUUACCACGAGCCAGAGGAACCCAUAAUGCGCUUUCCCAGACCUUGCCAGCCGCCUUCAGUCUACGCAGACAAGGGUCCUGCGAGAGAACGGCCUUUUCCCAGCGGAGCUAAAGAUUUGAAGAACAUUUUGGAUACUCCUCCUCGACUGCCGAAGAGACCCCCAGGAAGCGCCGCGCCGAUUGUAAACCGCGAUCUAAAACCAGGGCGACAGGGGAAGGCCACUUCAGAUCGAAGAUCACAGACUCUAGGUUCUAAUGAACCGACUACAAAGAUCCCACCGAGGCCAGUGAAAUCACUUCCACGUGACUGUUUUGAUCACACUGACGAUGCUCCUCCAUCCAGAUCUCCACCCUGUGCUCCAGUGCGCGCCCCACACAUACAUACACGUACUGCAGCUGACAGUGGUGCGAGUCUGACAGAGGACGAGAGUGUAAGUAACAGCAGAUUAACAGGUCUCCGAAGUAGCCCCAAUAACCGACACUCGCUGGAUCUGGAGUCAUGUGAACAUGACCGAAGAUACUUGACAGAAGAGACCGCUGUACGAGUUUCAGUCAGACAGAUGCAUCACGAGUGGCCGCAGGUUAAAGCAGACACAGAGCAGGCCAGCUACACAGGACAUAGCAAACCAGUAGAGGCAUCUGCUGAGCAGGAAUGGUAUGUAGGUGGCUUUAGUAGAGUGGAAGCAGAACAUGCACUUCAUCUGGUGAACCGGGAAGGAGCUUUUCUAGUGCGCGACUGCUCCAAGAACACUACACAGGAGCCAUACGUCCUGGCCUUAUUUUACGACAACAGGGUCUUUAACGUGCAGAUUCGUUUUUCUAAGGAGACUGGCAAGUACACACUGGGAACCAGAAUCAAGACUGAUGAUACGUUUGAAUCCGUGGCUGAAAUCAUCAAGUUCCACUCCAUAUUUCCCAUCUUGCUUAUUGAUGGACGAAACCCGGCAUCUGCAGCCAGUCAUAAGAGACAGUGUGUCCUCAUGUAUCCCGUCACAGCAGAGGACAUGAAGCGAUUGCUGAGCUAAUGAGCUAAACUCAACAAUAAACAAAAAAACAAAGCAGUAUACAGAGUAACAAGAUAUGCAUCAUCUGUAUGAAAUACAAUAAAAAAAUUUAAUUAAACACACCCACCUACACAAUAAGCAUUGUAGAUGUAGUGAAAGUUAAAUUGUGAAAGAUUUCUAGAGGAACAAGCAAAGUGCUAAAGUUGGUUUCACCUCCUUUCAGAAGCACUUUCUUGAACAGCUGAUGAAUGAUUUUAUUUUCCCCAAAAAACUAGUUGUAUCUCUGUACACUUUUUGUACUAUGCAUAACUUUUACUGAGGUACAUUGCAGUUACUUCCUGGAUUCUUCUUUUACAUGCAUAUUUUGCAAACUGCUUAAAAGUUUAUAAGUCUUAUUUUCAUGACCGAAGUGACAUGAAUAAAUGAAUGAAAGAGAAAUGUAUUAGGAAUAAAUAAAUUAGAAAGUAAGUGAAACGGCUGAUUGGUUAGCUGCUGUAACACCAAUUAUGAUGUCACUCUACCAACGUUUCCCUCAGUGUAUUUCAAUGGGAAGGACUCACCCAUUAAGAAAUAUUUAAGAAAUAUAUAGAAAACAAAAUUCCACAGUAGAACUUUUGCUGGAAUGAUCUACAAGACAGUUUGAGUGCUCUACAUGUCCUGUAAAUUAAGGCUAUGGGCUGCGCUCAUCACAGAAAAAGGAACAGGGAUGUGGAAGGAGAAGAAGCAGAAAGAGAACUGUAAGGAAUAAGAGCCCUGUGUAAUGAAACAUUGCACUAGAUGCCCAAAAAGUCAAAAGAGCCACUAGAAUCAGAAAACGUUUCACAUGUAUGAAGCAGUUAUAACUCUGCCAGGAACUGUAUCCAUAGGCCGACUAUCCUGAGAUUGAGGACAAUGAUGGCAGAGAAAGAUCAUAGGCUUAAAACUGUAGUUUACUUGAUUCUUUUGGUUGUCGAGUACUAAAAUCAACUCGUAAACACCACUUUCAUAACAACAAGCUGUCUGGAAGCAUUUCCUGAGAGCAUUUCACAAAAAUGUAACUCCUGAACUUCCCCAAGUGUCAUUAAAACUGAAACGGUCA